AUGUCCAGCAGAGCAGGAUGGGAAUGGGGCAAGGGCGGGGUAGCACGGGCAGCCCAGGUGGCACCCUAUAAGGCCUGGAGCGAGAGCAGCAGCCGCCAGCCGGGACGUUCGCCGCUCCAAGGACCCUCCUGCAGCCCGGCUGCUUCUAGUCCCACCAUGUCUGCGCAAGAUGAAGGGAGCCGGGAUCCCCCCAAGUCCAAGGGCAAGACCUUGAGCAGCUUCCUGGGGUCCCUGCCUGGCUUCAGUUCCGCCCGGAACUUGCUGUCCUCGACAAAGGAGGCCCGGUCAGGCACAGGCGCUGGGGCUGCCCUGCCCCAGGCUCAGGCGGCCACCCACCCGGAGAAGACGGCCGGAGGAACACAGCCUCCAGAGAUGCUGUCUGGAGCGAAGGACCUGGUGUGUUCUCAGGUGACCAGGACAAAGGAUGCCUUCUCCUCUGGGGUGGGCAACCUGGUGGACACCGCUAAGGGUGUGGUCCAGGGAGGUCUGAACACAGGCCAGGCUGUGCUCUCUGGCACCAAGGAAAGUGUCUACAGUGGGGUGACAGGGGCAGCAAAUGUGGCCAAAGGGGUCGCCCAGGGAGGACUGGACACCACCAAGACCGUGCUGACCGGAACCAAGGACACUGUGGCUGCCGGUGUCACUGGGGCCAUGAACAUGGCCAAAGGCACAGUACAGACCGGCCUGGACACCACCAAGACAGUGCUAACAGGAACCAAGGACACCAUGGCCGCUGGGGUCACUGGGGCCGUGAAUGUAGCCAAAGUCACUGGGGCCAUGAACAUGGCCAAAGGCACAGUACAGACCGGCCUGGACACCACCAAGACAGUGCUGACAGGAACCAAGGACACCAUGGCUGCUGGGGUCACUGGGGCCGUGAACGUGGCCAAAGGGACAGUACAGACCGGCCUGGACACCACUAAGACUGUCCUGACCGGAACCAAGGACACUGUAUGCAGUGGGGUCAGUGGGGCAGCAAACAUGGCCAAAGGGGCCAUCCAGGGAGGGCUAGACACCACCAAGUCAGUCCUCACAGGCACCAAGGACACCAUGGCUGCUGGGGUCACUGGGGCCAUGAAUGUAGCCAAAGGGACAGUGCAGACUGGCCUGGACACCACCAAGACCGUGCUGACCGGAACCAAGGACACCGUGGCCGCUGGGGUGACCGGAGCCAUGGGCAUGGCCAAAGGUGCCAUCCACGGGGGCCUGGACACCACCAAGUCAGUCCUCAUGGGCACCAAGGACACCAUGACUGCGGGGGCCACUGGAGCCAUGAAUGUAGCCAAAGGGACAGUGCAGACUGGCCUGGACACCACCAAGACUGUCCUGACCGGAACCAAGGACACCAUGGCCGCUGGGGUCACUGGGGCCAUUAACGUGGCCAAAGGCACAGUACAGUCCGGCCUGGACACCACCAAGACUGUCCUGACCGGAACCAAGGACACUGUGGCCGCUGGGGUCACUGGGGCCAUGAAUGUGGCCAAAGGGACAGUGCAGACCAGCCUGGACACCACCAAGACUGUCCUGACCGGAACUAAGGACACCAUGGCUGCUGGGGUCACUGGGGCUGUGAAUAUGGCCAAAGGGGUCGUUCACACUGGAUUGGACACCUCCAAGAAGGUCCUCACAGGUACCAAAGACACAGUGGCCACUGGAGUGACUGGGGCCCUGGGCAUGGCCAAGGGAGCUGUCCAUGGGGGUCUGGACACCACGAAGACAGUGUUGACCGGAACCAAGGACACCAUGGCUGCCGGGGUCACUGGGGCCAUGAAUGCGGCCAAAGGGACAGUGCAGACCGGCUUGGACACCACCAAGACUGUCUUGACUGGAACGAAGGACACCAUGGCUGCCGGGGUCACUGGGGCCAUGAACAUGGCCAAAGGAACAGUACAGACUGGCCUGGACACCACCAAGACCGUGCUGACUGGAACCAAGGACACCGUGACCACUGGGGUGACCGGGGCCACGGGCAUGGCCAAAGGUGCCAUCCAUGGGGGCCUGGACACCACCAAGUCAGUCCUCAUGGGCACCAAGGACACUAUGACUGCCGGGGUCACUGGGGCCAUGAAUGUGGCCAAAGGCACAAUGCAGACCGGCCUGGACACCACCAAAACCAUCCUGACCGGAACCAAGGACACCAUGGCCGCUGGGGUCACUGGGGCCGUGAAUGUAGCCAAAGGGACAGUACAGACCGGCCUGGACGCCACUAAGACUGUGCUGACAGGAACCAAGAACACUGUGGCUGCCGGGGUUACAGGGGCCGUGAAUGUGGCCAAAGGGACAGUGCAGACCGGCCUGGACACCACCAAGACUGUCCUGACCGGAACCAAGGACACCAUGGCCGCUGGGGUGACCGGGGCCAUGGGCAUGGCCAAAGGUGCCAUCCACGGGGGCCUGGACACCACCAAGUCAGUCCUCAUGGGCACCAAGGACACUGUGACCACUGGGGUCACUGGGGCCAUGAAUGUGGCCAAAGGGACAGUACAGACUGGCUUUGAUACCACCAAGACUGUCCUGACCGGAACCAAGGACACUGUGGCUGCUGGGGUCACUGGGGCUGUGAACAUGGCCAAAGGGACAGUGCAGACUGGCCUAGACACCACCAAGACCGUGCUGACCGGAACCAAGGACACUGUAUACAGUGGGGUCAGUGGGGCAGCAAACAUGGCCAAAGGGACAGUACAGACUGGCUUUGAUACCACCAAGACCGUGCUGACCGGAACCAAGGACACUGUGGCUGCUGGGGUCACUGGAGCUGUGAAUGUCACCAAAGGGGUAGUUCAGACUGGACUGGACACCACCAAGAAGGUCCUCACAGGUACCAAAGACACAGUGGCCACAGGGGUCACCGGAGCCCUGGGCAUGGCCAAGGGAGCUGUCCAUGGGGGUCUGGACACCACCAAGACAGUGUUGACCGGAACCAAGGACACCAUAGCUGCCGGGGUCACUGGGGCCAUGAAUGUGGCCAAAGGGACAGUGCAGACUGGCCUGGACACCACCAAGACAGUGCUGACUGGAACCAAGGACACCAUGGCUGCUGGGGUGACCGGGGCCAUGGGCAUGGCCAAAGGUGCCAUCCAUGGGGGCCUGGACACCACCAAGUCAGUCCUCAUGGGCACUAAGGACACAGUGGCCACGGGGGUCACUGGAGCCCUGAGCAUGGCCAAGGGAGCUGUCCAUGGGGGCAUUGACACCACCAAGACCGUGCUGACCGGAACCAAGGACACCAUGGCCGCUGGGGUGACCGGGGCCAUGGGCAUGGCCAAAGGUGCCAUCCACGUGGGCCUGGACACCACCAAGUCAGUCUUCAUGGGCACCAAGGACACCAUGACUGCGGGGGUUACUGGGGCCAUGAAUGUGGCCAAAGGGACAGUGGAGACCGGCCUGGACACCACCAAGACCAUGCUCAUUGGAACCAAAGACACUGUGUGCCGUGGGGUGACCAGGGUCACAAACAUGGCCACAGGGGCUGUCCAGGGAGGGCUGGACACCAGCACGUCCUCUGUCUCUGGUGCCGUAGGCCUCAUUGGUGCAGGGGCUAUGGCUGCGGAAGCCAUCCACAGUGCUGCCAGCACUGUGUACAGCUCCACGCCUGGAACCCAGGACAGGGCCUGGGCCAGCGCCACACCUUCCGGAGGCACAUCCUCUGUGGUCUCCAGCAUCCCUCGGAGCCCUGUCCCUGAUGCAGCGUCCCUCAGCCACAGGGCUGCCUCGGACGCGGAGAACCUGGUGUCUGCGGCCACCAUGCUUAGCCCCAGCGGCACCUCAGGGACCGCCACACCGCUGGACGAGCUGGAGAUGUUCGCGCCACUGAGCGUCGAGGAGCAAGUUCAGCUGGCUGCCUCCCAGCCUGGACCCAAGGUGCUCUCGGCUGACCAGGGCAGCUACUUCGUCCGCCUUGGGGACGUGGCGGCUGCAUUCCGCCAGCGGGUGUUCGAGCACGCCCUGAGCCACCUGCAGCACAGCCAGUUCCAAGCCAGGGAUGCCAUGGCCCAGCUCCAGGACGCCCUCCAGCAGAUUGAAAAGUCGGAGCAGCUGUGGUUGGAGCAGGGCUCAAACAUCGGAGCGGAGAGAUCCCGUGUCCAAGAGGUGGACGACACUGCGGCACUGUCCCGGGUCCAGGGGCUCAUCCACCAGCUGCACGUGGCCUACAGUGGCCUGGCCUCAGCUCUGCAGGGCAUGCCGGAGGAGGCCCAGCGGCAGGUGGCACGGGCACGCCACAGCCUGUGUGAGCUGUACAGCGUGGUGGCCGCGGCCCCUGCUCCCCGCGAGCUGCUGGCCCAGAGCCGCGAGGGGGUGCGCCAGGCAUGGCAGGGGCUGGAGCAGGUGCUGGACCAGGUGCCACACGGCCCCCCGCUCGGCUGGCUGGUAGGGCCCUUCACGCUGACCCCAGGGGGACAGCAGCUGUAG